GUUGGCGAAUUGGAAGCCGGGGGUGCCGCUAGCGCGAGGCUCGGAGCGCCGCGGGCGGGGAGGGUGCGUGUGAGGAAAUGGGGGAAACGCCGCCGUGGAGCUGCGGGGUGGAAGCCGUUUUACCUCGCUUCUCUGCUAAAGCACGGAGGGAGGCUGUCUUCUCACCCUGUGUUUUUAAAGUAAAUUCAGCUGAAUUUCAGUUGAAUGAAAAAAAAUAAUAAUCAGAUUGAACAAAAUGGUGGCCGAGUUAAUGGCAGAGAUAGAGCAGAAUUUGCUAGUGCUACUGUUCCUGCAACAUUGAUGUACAGAGGGUUGUGGUGCCAUGGAGACGCUAUCUUCCCAGUCCUCCCUGGUGACUGAAUCCCCUUCAGCUCUGUAAGAAGAGAAAAUCUUUAUCUCAGUACCAAUCAUUCUCAGUAUUUUUAGCAGCUUUCUAUUUAUUAAAUCAUUGAUCUUUUCCCUCUAAUGGUGUGGCAAAUGUUUCAAUUUGGUAAAUCGGGAUAUGUGUGUGUGUGAGCUUUAGAUUAAAUGCACUAAAUGUAAGUGAACGUUUUAAAAUGUUGCCGUUUGGUUGCCUUGGUCCCUCCUGUACUUUGGAUUCACUGAGACUGUUCAAUUGGGGUUUUUUUUUGGGUUUUUUUUGGUAACUUAGUUUGUGAAAGAUCUCUCAGAGAUGAGCAGUGAGUCAGCCUAUGUACACAUGACAGAUUUUUACAUGCUUAGGACGUGUUGAACCAGAACUAGCAGAAUAUGGAGAAAACAAGUUAGUGUUUGAAACUGUUACCAACUGGCAGAGUUUUUGUUUUCAGAACUAAUAUUUUAAGACAUUAAUAUUGCCAUAAAAUCAUUCAAAUUUGCCAAAAGGGCAGGAGCACACCAUAAAAAGGUUCUAGACACCUCUAGUUUUAUUCAUUCACAAGUAGCAUGAUAAGUAGAACUAUGCAUAUGGUAAUAAAUACUGUAAUGUUACCUUCUCUGGUGAAUAACCCAUCAGCUGCAAAUCUGGAUUCUUUGGGGGGAAGUGGGUGUUUCAGUAUGGUUGAGAUCAUAUGAGGGCCUGAAGUGAUUUGAAAGCAAUUCCUCACAAAAGAGAACAGAACACUAAUUCUUAAUAGUGGACUAGUAGGUUUUUUGGAGCAUUAUUUUUAGCAUGGAGUUGUAAAACACAACUGUAGGUUUUUUGUUAUAUGCUUACUCGUUGUGUAAAAUUACUUGUCCACAUUGAUUUGCCCUUUAACAUUUUUAGUCUGUUGUAGGAAUGGAAGAGGCUUGUCUCCUGGAUAUUCAGAGGUCCGAGCCAGUUCCAGCGUUAUCAAAAUAUGACUAUUAGAAUUUGAGAGCUUUCUUUUGUCCUGAAAUUUAUAUCCUAAUGAAAUAAAUAGCAAAAUCUUUUAGCAUCCUAAAUAACAGUCUAGCCUACUAAAUGCUGUCUAAACUAAUGAUUCAUAAUACUUAGGCAAUGCAAAAGAGCUAUGUGAUGUCUUAUUCCUUGUAUUUAGUGUUUGGUAUGUUAGAAAGCAAGGUUACUAAUGACUAGAAAGACAUUUAUGUAAUUCAGAAUGUCUCAUUGGUGGCAUGCACAUCCUGACUCUAAAGCUGAGAUGAAAUCAAGUUGAAAUUUUGCAAAAAUCCCUCAGGAGUUUUUUUUAUAAUUGCUACUAUGCUUAAUAUUAGCAAUGUAACAGUUCCCCACUCUGUUAGUUCCUUGUCUGAUGGGUUAAUCCUGCUCUUUGUAUCCAUAUAUACAAACUAUCUUUGAAGAAAACAGAACUAUUUUCUUAUGCAGGAUAUGGGGACCAUUUGGUUUAUUAAGGAGCAGUUUCUGAUCAAAGGAAUCUGUAUGGCCACUAAAACCAGUUUGUUCUUUUAAAACUAGGGCCCAAUGUAUAGUUAAAUUACUCCAACUCCGCCUUCCCAAUCUGGAAGAGAAAGGGAGGAAGGGAACUGUUGCAAGCCUGUUGCUAUGGCCACGCAGCAGCAGGCUGAGCUGUUUGUGUGGCUGCGAUCCUGCUGCAUCAGCUCCUGCACGAAUUUAACUGAAUUUGGAGGAUGAAGUCCAACCUAAUGCAUUUGGUUCCCCCAGUGAGUAGGGACAGAAUAAUCUCCCAGUUUCCCAAGUGGUACACACCUGAGGCCUGUCUGCAGUUCAAAGAGCACUUCCAUGCCCAGGUCAGAACUGCUUGUCAACAGAGCACUGGAACAGCUGGGCUGAAAAUAUCCAAAGUUGUUGUGGUAGGAGACCUGUAUGUUGGGAAAACCAGCCUUAUCAACAGAUUUUGUAAAGAUAAUUUUGACCGAGACUAUAAGGCGACCAUUGGAGUGGAUUUUGAAAUUGAACGUUUUGAAAUAAUUGGAAUACCAUACAAUCUCCAGAUAUGGGACACAGCAGGUCAGGAAAAGUUCAAGUGCAUUGCAUCUGCUUACUACCGAGGAGCAGAGGUUAUAAUAACAGUGUUUGAUCUGGCUGAUAUCCAGACUUUGGAUCACACCAAACAGUGGCUAGAAGAUGCAUUGAGGGAGAAUGAGCCAGAUUCUAGCUUCAUCUUUCUAGUUGGAACAAAAAAAGAUUUGGUGUCAGAUGCUGUGUGUGAAAGGACAGAGCUAGAUGCUAUCCGCUUUGCCAAUGAGAUGCAGGCAGAAUACUGGUCGGUUUCAGCCAAAACGGGGGAAAAUGUCAGAGAGUUCUUUUCCCGAGUUGCUGCCUUGGCCUUUGAGCAGUCCAUGAUAAAGGAGCUGGAGAAAACUGCCGGGCACACAGCCCAAAUUGGGGCAGGAAACCUCAUCAAACUGGAAAAGAAUGUGAUGGAAAUCCCAGAAGGCAACACUCAAGCCAGCCUGAGUUGCUGCUAACUGUCAACUGUUUCUGCGAGUGCCAUGUUUCUCUGUAGUGCAGCAUAGAGCACCUGCAACAAUGAAAGCUCUUAAACCAGAAAUAGAAAGUUGUAUUUUUGGAAAUGAGGGAGGAAGAACUUAUCCAAACUUUCUUUCUGAGAGUUUCCUUGCUGCUGCAGGCUUGCUUGUGCAGGAUGGUACAGUCAUUACAUAAACCUUUCCCUGUGUAGUGGAAACAUGACAUCUUUGUCUUAAUGUGAGAAGACAUUGCCAGUGCCGUGCGCUCACCUGUCUGCCAGAAACACUUGUAGUCAAAAGUUAUAUAACUUUAGUGUGUUGUUCUUUGAUAAUUCUCUGGAAGUAUUAAAUAGUGAAGUUGCCUUCUCAUGGAAGCAGAAAACAAAUGGCAGUUCAGAAUAAAGGGUCCUAUCCAUAUGUUUUUGCCUUUUAAUAUCGUAGUAUAAAAUAACUAAGACUUGCUUUUAUGCAUUCCAAAUAUUUUAAAACUGUUCCAAAAUAAAUCUUUUAAAAUAACAGGUAUGGAAGUACACAAAUGCAGACUGCAUAGUUUUCACUGUGGUUUCUCCAUCCAGGAAAAAUCUGUUUUAAUUUGCAUUUUCCACUUGAGAAUCAGAGCCCAGUGUUUAAAUAUUUCCAAGCCUAGGAGAAGUCAAGGUAGAGACUUUGUUGUUUUGUCCCAGCUGUCUAGUAUUUUGAAAAUGUUACCAGAUAAGAAUGCUAUUCUUUUCCACUUUCUUGAGUAAGAAACAAUGGUCACAUAGGUGCAUGGAAUAGAAAAAUUAAAUUUCAUGUAUUCCAUCUUCCAAAGAGGAUGCAGAAGCCUUCUCUGGAUUGAUCUACAUGAAUAUUGUCUAUACUGCAGUUCUCCUUUUUUGCUAAGAGUAAUGACAUUUUGAUUUUAUUCUGACUGGGUUUUUUUGUUUGUAGUAAUGCAACAUGAUUCUGGAACCAUGUGCAGUUUCAGUCAUGAACUUUUUCAUCCCUGUCUGUGGUAGGAACUCUGAGCUGGUAAGGUUAGAUUCGAUACUGCUGCUAAACUCUUAGUCACUCUAUCUGCUUUUACUGGACAAGAUAAUUUGAUCACUGGAUGCUGGGAGCAAUAUGCUCCACUGCUUAAAAGAAGCAGUAAUAAUAGAGAAAUAGCAUUGCCAUUUUGUGAAAAGACUUGCAAGUGUAUGUGGGUUUAGAGGGAUGGGAAAAGAUGGCGUUCUCCAAAGCAGAAACAUGCUUGUUGAGCCCUAAGGUACUUGCCAUAUGAAGAUGCCAUUACUGAGUGCUUACGGUAGAACCUGCUCUCUGGACAUGUUACUGUGACUUGGUGUGCUGGCUGGAUCAAAAUGCUGUUGCCACAGUUUUGCCUUUUCAAAUACCGUUUGACGUAGCCUUGUGCAAUUAGUUCUUUAGAAAUUACAAUCAUUGUUUAAUGGGGAGAGGUUUGCUCUGGGUACCACUGAAUUUCAUUGUAGUACAGCAGCUUUACAAUGCUAUUCUGCUCUUUGGACAGCAAUGGCUGAGGCCAAUGAAAAUAUUCUAGACUUUUCUGCCAUUUUUCCCCCAAAAUUGUUUGAUAAGAAAUAGGGAAAAGUGGAGAAAAGAUGACUUAAACAUCUUUUUAUUACUUUUAUUUUCUUAUGACGUAAGUUAGAGCAGCAUCAUAGAAUAUGAUGAAUAGAGUUCUAGGAACUCUGUGUCUUUUUUUUAAUCGGACAAUCUUCACUUUGGCAAUUGUGCCACUUCUGUUGGCAAAGGCACAAAUGUAACAUUUGGUGGAGAAAAUGAGUAUGUGUGGGUAUGUAAGGAGUUAUUUAUCCAAAUGUGUAAUAUUUUGACCUUAUAAUGUUCUGUGUAUGUGUUCAUCUUCCAAAUCUGUUUCAGAAGGAUGACGAAUGUACGCUCCACUUGUAUCACGUGCUGCACUGAGUGGGCAGCAUAGCCAUGCUCUUCAUGUUUACUGAGUUUGAAUGAGAGUAGAAAAGAUGGUUCACUCUACUGCAGCAAAUCAUGUUUUCUAGGGUAGGUGAUUGGUUUUGGUGCAGACACUUUAGUGUUUAUAGCUGCAAAAUGACUCAGAAACAAAUCUAAGAAAAGAUCAGGAUUUAUCUCCUAAGUGUUUCUUUUGUUGCUGAGCAAAAUUAUUGUACAAAAUCUCAUCUCUUCGGCAAUGCAAUCACGUUGCUAGGAAAAUCAUCUGGGACAGUUUUUUCUAGUGAUUCAGUACAUUGCUUGAUGUCAUUACUGGUUUGUAUCUUCUGGAGCUCCAAAAACUUCAUGUACAAAUGCAAUACUCUGCCAGUCAUUAACUAUCACUUGACAAUCUAUUCUAUGAUGAAUGCUUUGAGACUGGGGUUUUUUUGGUUGGUGGGUUGUUUUGGGGGUGUGUUUUGGUUGGUUUUGGGGGGUGUUUUUUAGCCCCACUAAGAUUUGCCCUGCAAAGAACUUAGUAUUAAUAAUUGAUCAUCUAAAAUUAAUCUUGGAUCAUGUUGCAAAUGAUGAAUUGCUUAGGAAAGCACAAAGGAAACUAACUUUGGUGGAAAAAUAAAUGUAAAUGUGCAAAUACUUAAAA